AGGAGGCGGGGCUAACUGCUCGGCUCCUCCCCGCCCGAUCAGCUCUGCUCUCGUUUCUUCUGGCCUGGCUCGGCGCUCCACUCCACAACCUGGGACUUGACAACACGGAGAUCCCGGAAGUGAGGCGAGGGUUCGGUCAGAGGCGCAGCGGCUGCGUCGCGUCCUCGGAGAGUCGUCGUCAUGUCUACGGCUAUGAACUUCGGGACGAAAAGCUUCAAGCCAAGGCCGCCGGACAAAGGCGCUUUCCCUCUGGAUCAUUUCGGUGAAUGUACAGCUUUCAAAGAAAAAUUCAUGAAGUGUCUGAGGGAGAACAGCUUUGAGAAUGCAUUGUGCAGACAGGAAUCAAAGGAAUAUUUAGAAUGCAGAAUGGAGAGACAACUUAUGGCCAAAGAACCACUGGCAAAAUUGGGAUUUAAAGACCUAAUAGAAGAAAAAUCAGAAACCCAACCGGAGACAUUGUGAUGAAGAUAAAGAGAAUCCUGACCUUCUCCUAUAGAAAGGAGCAAAUCUGCUGUGGUACAUAUUGUACAUUUCAGAUCCUAUCUUGAUAUGAAGUGCUCCUUGGAAGAAGCUGUUGCCAAGUAGAAGAUUUACAGUGCAAUCUUGUACACUUAUCUACUCAGCAGUAAAUCUCACUGAGUUUAAUAGGGCUUACUCCCAAGUAAAGGGAUCGGAUUGUUGUGAUGCUAUCCCCACCUAGUUGGUCCCAGUGAACUCAGUGUGUUUCCAUAUGAGGACAUGUAUGUGCUGUUAGUGUGGGAAAGGAAAUAUUCCUUGGAUAUUCAGAUUUGGACUACAAGCUCCCAGUACUUGCUCAUUGCACUGUGCAUUGGGGUCAGCUUCUCUUCUUACAAUUGGUAUAAAUAAUAAAUUAUUAUUAUAAAUUA